CAACAACUCCUUACCACCACCCACUUUAUUAUAAAUAAAACAUCAUUUACAAGGGGAGGAUCCCAAUAUAUAUAGGGACAAAGCAGGGCUUAAAGCUUUGUCAACUUUUCUCAUCUUUCAUCCCUUUCUAGGGGUGUUUGUGUUUUAUUUCUUUACAAAUCUUGAGAAUCUUUUUUUUUUUUUUUUGUGUCAAGAAAAUGGAACGUGCUAGAAAAUUGGCAAACAGGGCAAUUCUAAAACGUUUGGUUUCACAAUCAAAACAAAGCCGUUCUAAUGAAAUCCCAUCGUUGUAUAGGCCAUCAAGGUAUGUAUCUUCAUUGUCACCUUACACAUUUCAGGCUAGGAAUAAUAAUAAUCAUAUGUUGCAUGGAAAAAAUGGUUUCAAUUCUCAACAAGUUAGAUCAAUAUCUGUUGAUGCAUUGAAACCAAGUGACACUUUCCCAAGGAGACAUAACUCAGCCACACCUGAAGAACAAACCAAAAUGGCUGAGUUUUGUGGUUUCCAAUCCCUGGAUGCACUUAUUGAUGCCACUGUGCCUCAAUCUAUUCGAGCCCAAUCCAUGAAGUUACCUAAGUUUGAUGAGGGAUUAACUGAGGCACAAAUGAUUGAACAUAUGCAAAAAUUAGCCUCAAAGAAUAAGGUUUUUAAGUCAUAUAUUGGGAUGGGAUAUUAUAAUACCUUUGUACCACCUGUUAUAUUGAGGAAUUUAUUGGAGAACCCUGCUUGGUACACUCAGUAUACUCCUUAUCAGGCUGAGAUUUCGCAGGGACGUCUCGAGUCCUUGCUGAAUUAUCAGACCAUAAUUACAGAUCUUACUGGUUUGCCUAUGUCCAAUGCAUCUUUACUAGAUGAAGGGACUGCGGCCGCUGAGGCUAUGGCCAUGUGUAACAAUAUUCUUAAAGGGAAAAAGAAAACUUUCCUUAUUGCAAGCAAUUGUCACCCUCAGACUAUUGAUAUUUGUAAGACUAGAGCUGAUGGAUUUGAUCUUAAGGUAGUCAGUGUAGAUCUUAAGGAUAUUGAUUACUCGUCCGGUGAUGUUUGUGGGGUACUAGUUCAGUAUCCGGGGACGGAAGGUGAAGUCUUGGAUUAUGGAGAGUUUAUUAAGAAUGCACAUGCUAAUGGAGUGAAGGUUGUUAUGGCCUCUGAUCUCUUGGCCUUGACAAUGUUGAAACCACCUGGUGAACUUGGAGCGGAUAUCGUUAUUGGUUCUGCUCAGAGGUUUGGAGUGCCUAUGGGUUAUGGAGGCCCUCAUGCAGCUUUCUUGGCAACUUCCCAAGAAUACAAGAGAAUGAUGCCUGGAAGAAUUAUUGGUGUCAGUGUUGAUUCUACAGGGAAACCUGCUCUCCGUAUGGCGAUGCAGACCAGGGAACAACACAUCCGUAGGGACAAGGCUACAAGUAACAUUUGCACAGCACAGGCUUUGCUUGCCAACAUGGCUGCCAUGUAUGCUGUCUAUCAUGGACCUGAGGGGCUAAAAACCAUUGCCCAACGUGUUCAUGGUCUUGCUGGAACAUUUGCUGCUGGGCUAAAAAAGCUUGGAACAGUAGAAGUUCAGGCUCUUCCAUUCUUUGACACUGUGAAGGUUAAAUGUUCUGAUGCAAAAGCAAUUGCUGAUGUUGCUUACAAGAAUGACAUUAACUUGCGGAUUGUGGACAACAAUACUAUAACUGUAUCUGUUGAUGAAACCACUACCUUAGAAGAUGUGGACAAUCUAUUUAAAGUUUUUGCCUUGGGAAAGCAAGUCACGUUCACUGCUCAAUCAAUUGCACAAGAGGUCGAGAAUGUGAUUCCUUCUGGACUUACAAGGGAGACUCCAUAUUUAACUCACCAAAUAUUCAACUCGUACCAUACUGAGCAUGAGUUGCUGAGAUACCUUCAUAAGCUGCAAGCAAAGGACCUCUCCUUGUGCCAUAGCAUGAUUCCAUUGGGCUCCUGCACAAUGAAAUUGAAUGCCACAACAGAGAUGAUGCCAGUGACAUGGCCUAACUUCACAAAUAUUCACCCAUUUGCACCCACUGAACAGGCAGCUGGCUAUCAGGAAAUGUUUGACGAUUUGGGUGACCUAUUGUGUACAAUUACAGGUUUUGAUUCCUUCUCCUUGCAGCCUAAUGCUGGUGCUGCUGGAGAGUAUGCUGGAUUGAUGGUUAUUCGUGCAUAUCAUCUGUCGAGGGGUGACCAUCACCGCAAUGUAUGCAUCAUUCCUGUAUCAGCGCAUGGAACAAAUCCUGCAAGUGCUGCAAUGUGUGGGAUGAAAAUUGUUGCUGUUGGAACAGAUGCAAAAGGAAACAUUAAUAUUGAGGAGUUGAGGAAGGCUUCUGAGGCAAAUAAGGAUAACCUUUCUGCUCUCAUGGUUACAUACCCAUCAACACAUGGAGUGUAUGAGGAAGGGAUUGAUGAGAUAUGUAAGAUAAUCCAUGAAAAUGGUGGUCAGGUGUACAUGGAUGGAGCUAACAUGAAUGCACAGGUUGGUCUGACAAGCCCUGGCUUUAUUGGUGCUGAUGUUUGUCAUCUAAAUCUCCAUAAGACAUUCUGCAUUCCUCAUGGUGGAGGAGGUCCUGGAAUGGGUCCAAUUGGAGUGAAGGCGCACCUGGCACCAUUUUUGCCAUCACACCCCGUGGUGGCAACUGGAGGGAUCCCAUCCCCUGACAAGAGUGAGCCACUUGGUGCUAUUUCUGCUGCACCCUGGGGUUCAGCACUUAUUUUGCCGAUCUCAUAUACCUACAUUGCCAUGAUGGGGUCUAAGGGUCUUACAGAUGCAUCAAAGAUAGCUAUCCUCAAUGCAAACUACAUGUCUAAGCGUUUGGAGAAGCACUACCCAGUUCUCUUCCGAGGUGUCAAUGGAACAUGUGCCCAUGAGUUUAUCAUUGACCUGAGGAGCUUUAAGAAUACUGCUGGGGUAGAACCUGAAGAUGUUGCCAAACGUCUUAUUGACUAUGGAUUUCAUGGACCUACAAUGUCUUGGCCAGUUCCUGGUACACUUAUGAUUGAACCUACUGAAAGUGAAAGCAAGGCGGAACUAGACAGGUAUUGUGAUGCACUCAUCUCCAUCAGAGAAGAAAUUGCUCAGAUUGAGAAAGGGAAUGCUGAUAUUAACAACAAUGUUCUCAAGGGGGCUCCUCAUCCACCAUCAAUGCUCAUGGCAGAUGCAUGGACAAAACCAUACUCUCGGGAAUAUGCUGCGUACCCUGCUCCCUGGCUAAGGAGUGCUAAAUUCUGGCCAACUACAGCACGAGUGGACAAUGUGUAUGGAGAUCGCAACCUCAUCUGCACCCUUCUUCCAGUGUCAGAAAUGGCGGAAGAAAAAGCUGCAAAUGCUUAAGCCUUACUGUUUUAGUGCUCAUAAGUUCCCUUUACAAAGCAUGAAAUCACCUUCCUCAUGAUCUUGUUGUACAUACAAGUUUCAUAUUCAUAUACUUGGUGGUAGCUGAUGACUUUCAUCUUCUUGCCAUAUAUUGAUGAAAAAGCUGCUUUAAUGACAGAUCAUGUUGGUAAUUGCA